CGCAGGCGCACCGGCCAGGGCUGCGCUACGCUGAGGCAUCUCGGCGCUACGUAGGGAGCCGCCGGCCGGGCGAGAGGGCAGGGGCGAGCCGGGCGAGCCAGCGAGCGGGCAUCAUCAGGGGACCGUAGCGGUGGUUGCGUAGAAAACACCUGGAGCCAAACAGCUGCCUGCUGAGGAGACAGACGGAGCUCCAGAUGGGAUGUUCCUUGUGAACUUGGACAUGAAAAGGUCCAGAUUCUGGAUUUUGGUACUGUAUGUUCCCCCGGUUCCUGAGAGUAGAGGACUCCAGCACAACUGUGAAGCCCGAGUUGCCAGCAGUGUCUUUAUCAAAAGUGGACAGGUCCAGAUAGGACCUUCUGCCUCGUGGGCUGAGGCAGAGAGCCCUAGAAAGGAGUGCUGAAGUCAUCAUGCUACAGCAGCUCCUGAUCACCCUGCCCAUGGAGGCCAGCACCUGGGUGAAGUUGCGCCAUCCAAAGAAGGCCACCGAGGGGGCAUCCCUGUGGGAGGACGUGACUAAGAUGUUUGAAGGAGAAGUUUUGCUCUCUAAGGAUGCUGAUGAGACCCAGGGAGAAAGUUUCGAGGAUGAAGUGACCUCUAGGCCACUGACAGUAGAAUCCCAGGAACUGUUGACCUUCAAGGACAUAUCUGUGGACUUCACCCAGGAGGAGUGGGGACAACUGGCCCCUGCUCACCGGAGUCUAUACCGGGAGGUGAUGCUGGAGAACUAUGGGAACCUGGUCUCAGUGGGAUAUCAGCUCUCCAAACCUGGUGUGAUUUCCCAGUUGGAGAAAGGAGAAGAGCCAUGGCUGAUCGAGAGAGAGGUUUCAGGAGGUCCACGUUCAGACUUGGAGAGUAAAGCAGAAACCAAGGAGUCAGCCGUAAAGAAUGAUACUUCUUGGGAAGAAUUACACCAUGGCCUAAUGAAGGAACAGUCCACAAGAGGAAGCACCUUAUAUUCCACAUUGGGAAGAAUCUCCAAAUGUGAUCAGUUAGAAAACCACCAGGAAAACCAAGGAAUGGGUGAGGGGCAAAUCCCCUUGAUCCACAAAGUACUCACUCAGGAAAGAGGCCGAGAAUCUAAUAGAUUUGAGAAAAGUAUUAAUGUGAGCUCAAAAGUUAUUCCGGGACCAGAAAUUUCUCCGAGAAAAAAAGACCAUAAAUAUGGUGUAUCUAGAAAGCGAAGUAGAUACAAUUUAGAUUUGAUUAAUCAUUCAAGGAGUUAUACCAGAUUGAAAACCUUUGAAUGUAAUAUUUGCGAAAAAAUCUUCAAACAGCUCAUUCACCUUACAGAACACAUGAGAAUUCAUACUGGAGAGAAACCUUUCCGAUGUAAAGAAUGUGGAAAAGCUUUUAGCCAAAGUUCAUCCCUUAUUCCACAUCAGAGAAUCCAUACUGGUGAGAAACCCUAUGAAUGUAAGGAAUGUGGAAAAACCUUCAGACACCCAUCAUCUCUUACUCAACAUGUUAGAAUUCAUACUGGGGAGAAGCCCUACGAAUGUGGGGUAUGUGAGAAAGCAUUCAGCCAGAGCAUUGGGCUGAUCCAGCAUCUGAGAACUCAUGUUAGAGAGAAACCUUUUACAUGCAAAGACUGUGGAAAAGCAUUUUUCCAGAUUAGACACCUUAGGCAACAUGAGAUUAUUCAUACUGGUGUGAAACCCUACAUUUGUAAUGUAUGCAAUAAAACCUUCAGCCAUAGCACAUACCUAACUCAACACCAGAGAACUCAUACUGGGGAAAGACCAUAUAAAUGUAAGGAAUGUGGGAAAGCCUUUAGCCAGAGAAUUCAUCUUUCUAUUCAUCAGAGAGUCCACACGGGAGUGAAGCCUUAUGAAUGCAGUCAUUGUGGGAAAGCCUUUAGGCAUGAUUCAUCCUUUGCUAAACAUCAGAGAAUUCAUACUGGAGAAAAACCUUAUGAUUGUAAUGAAUGUGGAAAAGCCUUCAGCUGUAGUUCAUCACUUAUUAGACAUUGCAAAACACAUUUAAGAAAUACCUUCAGCAGUGAUAUGUGACAUAUGUGCAACAUCAAAGACUCCUCCUAAUGGAGCAAAAGCCUCUAAAUCAGAGGCUUUUUGACUUUUUGGUUUCAAGAAGCAAUGAUUUUUUUUAAUGACUUGAUGCGGUGUUACCACUAUCAGUUUUGCCAUAUUAAAGAAACUACCUGUCAUCAACAUCGUUUCAGAAAAGAAAGGGCAUUUUAAUAUUUUAAAAUGUAGGAGGGAUAAUCAGUAGGAAUAGCCCUUAACAUUGAAUUAAGUUAGCCUUAUGAAAAUCCCCCAAAUUUGUCCUUAUUUUUCUCAUUUCAUUAUGGGCCAAUGGAAGGUUCAUCGUGGCAAGUUACUGAUAACUUGGAUUGGCUUUUGAGAAUCACUGUUUUAAAUAUCUCUUAAAUAAUCAGACUAAAAUAUAGUAUAACUUUUUACUAUAGCCCUUUAUAUGGCUAGAAGAGGCAUAGAUAAAAAUAACUGCCUGGCUCAUUUCUACAAGAAAUAAUAUUAAAGGAAGCUUUCCAGAAUUGAUAGAUAACCUAAUAUUACAAGGGAUACUUAAGUAUAUUUUAUGGUUUCUUGUAGAGAAUUGGCAAGCUUUUAUAAAGAGCCAGAUAUUAAAUAUGUUAGACAUUGUGGGCCAUAUGAGCUCUGCCAGAACCACUCAACUCUACCAUUUUAGUGUAAAAACAUCUAAAGAAAUACAUAAAUCAGAAUAUCUCAACCUUGGCUCUUCUGAUAUUUGGGGCCAGAUACUUUGUUUUGGGAAGCUGUCCUAUGCACUGUAGUGGGUUUAGCAGUAUCUCUGGCCACAAAAUGCCAGUAACUAGAUGCCAAUAGUCCCCCCACCCAUUGUAACAACCAAAAACAUCUCCCAAUAUUGCUAGAGGUGCCCUGGGGGUCAAGAUUGUACUUGUGAAGUACUUGAGAACCAUGGGCAUAAAUGAAUAGGUGUAGCUCUGUUCCAAUAAACUCCAUUUAAAAAACUGGUGUUGGGUUGCAUUUAGCCCGAGAGCUGUAGUUUACUGUUCCUGCUAUAGAGUACAUAAA